CAGAGGGUAUGACAGAUACUGGCUUACCUGCAUCUAUAAUACAGAAAAAGAGACAGGGACAUGCACUGCAGAGGCCUCAGUGAGACAGAGCUCGAGAGUUGAGAAACACCUUUGAGCAGAUAUAUCAGUGAUAGUGACUUGAACCUGAAGCUCAUCACUAUUCAUCUCGGAGAGCCUUGGCUGAGGGUACAGGUGUGCCAUAAACUGUGAAGAGUUCUGGCUGAAGUGCUGACAUCCAUUUCCCUUUGAGAAAAAAAAAGAAAAAGGUAACCGUUUGCAGUUUUCUACCUGCAUAUUCCCAAGUGAGCAAAGUUAGAACUCUGCUUGACUGAAUUAGGAGAAAAGGAUAGGAAAAGAAGACAAUACAAGAAGUGAAAGAAGACGAGACGAGGCAGAACAAGAAAAGGCCAAAGAAGACAAGACGAAGACAAAAGGCAAGACGACGGGAGACAAUACGUAACAAGACACAAGAAGGGGAAGGAAGAGAUUUCAAGAGGACGAGAAAGAGACGCAAGACAAGGAAAGCAAGAAUGGGAGACAAGACCAAUUAAAGCAAGACAGGGCAGAGCAAAGAAAAGAAACCAGUUAAGGGAUCACGUCAAUCUUCAGUGCACCACUGGGACCAUUUGAAGAGAGGCUGGAGAAGAAUGGCAUGCCAGGCAUUCAGUGCCGACUCUUUCACCCCACUUGCAGGAGACUCACCCCUGCCAAUCCUCAUGCACCAUGCCUCUACUGGUGACUGCCUGCCAGCCAGCUCCCAUGCUCACAGCAUGGUUUCUGCAGUGUCGUCAGGGCUGUCCCUGGGUCAGCCCUCCAAGCGCUCCCACAUGCACCUGUCCACCUCCUCCCUUGGCAACGCUCUCAGCAACGGUCCCCCGGGCCUACAUUACCCAGUCACCCCCUGUCACUACAGCAACCAGCAGGCCACCUAUGGCAUGAUGGCAGCUCAGGAGAUGCUCUCUGCCAGUAUUUCUCAGACUCGUAUUCUGCAGACAUGUGGUGUCCCUCACCCCAACAUGGUAGGCAGCACAAACCCAUUGCAAGGGUCUCUUACUCCUUGCUUGUACAAGUUUCCGGAUCACGGUCUUAGUAGUGGUUCCUGUGCAUUAAGCCAUAGUUUCUCUUCACUGCCCCCGGCACUCCUCUCCACUGAUGAGGCCCCCGGGGGCCCGAGUAUCGGCGAGAUGAAAACUGACGGCCAAAGGAAAAGCAUGCGGGACCCAGAAGAUGCCCCUGCCAUGGACUCCCCGCAGAUCCGAGAGCUGGAGAUGUUUGCCAAUGACUUCAAAAUACGAAGAAUCAAACUUGGCUACACACAGACCAACGUAGGCGAGGCUCUUGCUGCGGUGCACGGCUCAGAGUUCAGCCAGACCACGAUCUGCCGCUUUGAAAAUCUGCAGCUGAGCUUCAAGAACGCCUGCAAACUGAAGGCUAUUCUGGCUAAAUGGCUUGACGAAGCCGAGCUGGCCGGCGCGUUGUACAAUGAUAAAAUAGGAAUGAAUGAGCGGAAGAGGAAACGGAGAACAACUAUCAGCCUGGGAGCGAAGGAGGCUCUGGAGCGCAGCUUUGUGGAGAAAAGUAAGCCCUCCUCUCAGGAAAUAGCCCGGAUAGCUAAGGGCCUCCAUCUGGAGAAGGAGGUUGUCAGAGUCUGGUUCUGCAACCGACGCCAAAGAGAGAAACGGGUCAAAACCAGCCUCAACCUCAGCUCCUGUUUUACCAAACUCACCCCACACUGCAUCGCACAGAUGAGUAAAACACAAAGACCAAUGACGUAGUGUUGGGUUCAGCUGGAGAGAGUAGUGGAGGUGCCUUCAUGUCCACAGCUGCUGAAAAUAUUUUAUUAUUUUAAAUUAAGGGUCUGACAGAAAUCAUUCCAUCAUGAAGUGGGAGAGUUUAACUCAACAGGAAACAGAAAAACACAGUAAUAAAAACCUGCCCUCACCCUGCAUUAAGCAGCUGCUGACGCACUUGAAACAAUGUCAUUGAUUUAACAUUCAGAUGAUAAUUUAUAUCCUGUGAAGGUCAGCCUGACUAAAAAACAACAGCUGAAAAACACUCCAGCUAUAAGAACAUGAGUCAUUGUCGGUGUGUAACUCGACUCCAGCACAGCAAAUGUUUGUUUAAUUUAAAGAGACAUCCCUUACUACAAUGUUCUUUCUAAAUGCCAUUUUUAUGUUGUUGUUCAUUUCUUAUCUACUUGAAUAGAAAUGUUUCUAGCAGUAUGUCAAUAUAUAUAAACAUCACAGAGCAGCCCAGGGAGCCAGCAAUAGUUUUCUUGAAGUUCAAACUGUGACGAUGAAAGGUUGUCAUCAACAUGUGACCUGCUGGUUUGAUGCUGCAGCUACCAUGACCUGACAUUUACACAGAUGGACUUGGGUCGCAUGAC